AUGAGAAAGUAUUAGCUAGAAACUUAACUAUUUUGCUUGUACUAUUCUCCAGUGAUUAUUAUUACAUUUAUAAGCUUCGGAUUGUACAUUCUCCUAUUUGAGCAGCUCAAAUCUAUUACAAAUAAUUAAGAAUCUAGCAUAUAUUUAGAGUAGUAGCAAAACAAAAAGAUACUUUUGAUGGGUAUGAAAGCUCAUCUUGACUAAAGUAUGGGAAUGCAAAGUCAGGAAUAUUAUAUUCUAUCUCGCCUUGUCACUAAAGUUUACGAAAAUAAAAUAAAUUUCAAUCUUAAAUUUGAGAAAUCAUAUUUGAAUUUAGAUAAUCUUUUUGAAAAUUAAGAUACUUCUUCUCUUGUAAAGCUCUAUGUUAAAAAUCCUAUUUUAGUCACAAUUUGGUUAAAUUAAAACUAUCGUUAAUUCAGCUAAAUGCCUGAGGAGUCACAAAUUUAGCUAAACAAAUCUGCUGUUUUGGAUGUUCUUAUUAGAAAUUAUAAUGUCUUAAAUAUUUAGAGAACAUUCCAAUACAAGGAUUAGUUUUUAGGAUUUCAGCUAGAUGGUGGGUUAAUAGCAAAUCCAGCCUACAAUUAGUCUAUGUCUCAGAGCUUUCAAAGCUAAACUCUCUGUACCGAAGCAAAAUACUAUGAUCCGAGAUGUAGAAUAUGGUAUUAGUAGGCUUCAGUGAAAUAAUCAAAUUACAUGCCAGCACCUUUUAAAGUCCUGACAACAAAAAUACCAUAUAUGUCUCUUAGUUUAUGUAGAAGAAACAAUGCUUUUGACAAUAUAAAUAGUGUUGUCUGCUAAUCUUUUAAUAUAGAACAAUUAGCUGCUGUAUUCUAAAAAUUGGAGAUACAGACUGGAUAGUUUGAAGUGAUACAUCCUACUUCAAAAAAUUUAAUAUAUUCUGAGCAAAUAUAGGAUUAUUAAUAAUUAUAUAAUUGGGAUAAAGUUAUUACCUUAAAUAUGACUCAAAAUGAAGCAAAAACUUAUAUACAAACAGUUAAUAAUUAAUUAAAAUAUAUGAAUGAGAAUAAUUUUUUAACACAUUAGUAGUACUUAAAUUAGCUCGAAAAUAUUUAUGGAUUUGAGUACUUCGUUCAAGGAGAUGCUAGAUAUUCCCUGAUGUUACCAAUUUAAAUAGCUGAUAUCCCGAAUGGAUAAAAAUAAGUAAUUUAUUCAAAUAUAAUGGUGAUGAUGUACACGUUCAGAAAAUAAGAAUUGAUUUAGAAUUAUAAUACUCUCUUUUUUUACUUAGGAAAUGCAUUCAUAGCUAAUUCUGUUUUUUAUCUCAUUCUUUUAAUAGUUUGUCUACUUAUUAUUAUGUUUUAUUCUAAGAAAUUUAGUUAGCUGAUUGAAUUACCUAUUUAGAAUUUGAUAGAUAAACUCCACUCUUUGAAUCAACAUUUGCUUGAUAGAAAUGGAAUAAGUUCUUAAGAUGAAAUAGUUGUUGUCUUUGAUAAUAAAUAUUCUAAAAGCAGAAAAUAUCAGCAUACAUGCUCUGAACUAACAAAUUUAGAAAGAUACAUCACAAAUAUACAAGAUAUUUUUAACUUUAAUUUUAACUAUAAUGAAAAAAUUGAUGAAACAACUGCUCUUUUUACUUGGAUUAAAGCUAUAAAAACUUUUUAAUAAGUCGAAGAUUAUAAAGCUUUAGGAUCAGCUUAUAACAAUAUAGCUAAUAUCCAUUUUAACAACUAAAGAUAUACUGAAGCUCUUGAUUGCUACAACCAAUCUAUAGUUUAUCUAGAAUAAGAAAGAGCAGAACUUAUAGAAGGACAAUAAACUGAAAAAUAGAUUAGCGAUGCUAAUUCUCAUAAUAGAAAAGAUUCAAUAUUUACAUUUAAAAAAUUCUCAGAUUCAGUAAAUUCUAAUAAUUAAUUAGCAGGUUCUAGGAAAAAAUCUUUGAUUCCAUGGAUAGAAAAGUAUCUUUGCAGAUAUUUAGAUGGAAACUAAUAAAGUUCUUCUAAAAUAUAAGUCUUGCAGAAUGCUUAAAAAAAUCUUGAAAGCCUGAAAUUUGAUAGAUUAUUUGCAUAUUCAUAAGUUUUGUUGUAAUGCUAUUUAGAAAAUAGAAUGGAACAUGAAAUAUUUAACCAUGGAAAAAAGAUUUAUAAAUAAAUGAAAUAAGAAUACUAUUAUUAAAUAUUACAAGAAAUAGAUUUCAACUCAGAAUAAAAUUCAAAUUCUUUAAAAUCAACUGCUCAGAAAACAUAAAGCUUAAAAGUCAAAGAUGAAGCUAUGUUUACUCAAUACUUUUAAGUUUUGAAAAAGCUUUUAAAAAUAGCUAAGAACUUAGAUAAUGAUUAUACCAGAUAUAUACUAAUUUAUUUGGAAAUUAGUAAAGCAUUUUUACUUAGCAAGAAAAUCAAGCUCAGCUAGAAGUACUUAGAUUAUGCAUUUCAAAAUUUUUUGGAACUUUAUAAAAGGAUCAAGGCUUCUUUGUUCUCUGCUCAAAAUAAACCUUCCGCUCAUUUUUACAACUAAUACUUAAUGUGUUUGAACCAAAUUUUAGUAAAAAGGUUCUCAUCUGAAGAAGUCAAUGAAGAAAUAAAUAUAAAUAAUAGAUCAAGUCCUUCUAAAACAAUUCCAGGAAAAUAGUCUAUCAUAACAUAAAAAUUAAAUAGCUCUUAAAACAAUUUGAACAAUAGUGGGUAUUCGCAUUAAUCUUAGCAAAAAAGAAAGUCAAGCAAAGCAAACAGCAAUUCUCCUUAAUAAGCAACUCCCUUAAAUGAUAUUCAGCCUAUAAUAGAAGAUCAUAUGGAAUCUCAAGAAGAAAUUCAUCUUAAUAAUAUAAAUCAAAAAAAUAAGGAAAUUCAAGAAAAAAGCAUUUAAAUUGAUAAAUGCAAGAGAGAAAGAUAAAAUAGCUCAAUGGGCGAAAUAAAUACUAUAUACAAUCAUCUCACCAAAAAAUUUAGCUCUUCAAUUAUUUAAAAUACACCUACUGCUAGCAUAACUAACUUACAAAGGAGAUUAAGUUUUCAAAACGGUUUUGUUGGCUCUUACAAUUAGUAGAUAUGCUUAUCUCAAGGAUAUUCCCCUAAGGCAUUUUUUGGGACAUCAACUACUGAAUAAAAUUUAUUUACAAACCAGAGCUUAUCAUAUGAGCACCCAAUACAUAAAAUGUAUUUGUAAAACAAUCCUACAGAGAAUUUUAUUGAGGAUAUCAAAGUUGAUGAAGAGCAACAGCCAAUUAAUUAUACCAAAUAAUAAUUAAAUGCUUUAGAUGAUGCAAUAGAAGCUUUUAAUAAUAGUCCUUACACCAACUAAACUUCUUGGUAUUAAAAAACUAGCUACAAUUAUCCAAUAGAUAUUCUUUAUACUAAAUUAUAAAUACAAGAAGCUUUAAUAGAAAUACAUAAAAGGAAUUUUUAGAAAGGAUGUACACUUUUAACUGAUGCUUUUGAAUUUUCCCCAAGAUAUUUAUCAAAUGAUAGAAUGGCUAUGCUAAAUAUUUUGCAAUACGUUUAUGAAUAGAAAUCUAUUGACUUUAGACUCAUAUAAAAAUAAGCCUAAAAAUUUCAGUAAUUAACAAUGAAAAUAUCAAUUAUAGUUAAUUGUGAGCCGAAUUAUCUAAAGCGUGUGUCAAAAUAACUAUAUGAUAUUUAUUAAUUAUCAGAUACUUUCAGUUUAGUUAUGGUAAAUGAAUAAAUAGAGUAAUACAUAGCACCAAUAAACCAACUCAACUUUAAGGGCAAAGAAACUUUUAUCAAUAACAUAAUGAAAUAUUUGAGGUUCAAACAUAUUUCUUCAAAACAAUAGUUUUUCUUGUCUGCAUUACAAAAGGCCUCUCUCUAAUUCUAAAAUAUUAACCGCCUUCAAAAUCAAGAAAUAUAAAAGAAAUACAUUCUCAUAUUUGGAGAUAGAGACUGUAUUUUCAGAGAAGCAAUCUAUAAAAAUAAAAUAUUUUCAAUUCUUGGUUAAAAUAAAGUUAAAAUACUGAUUUUCAACCCUCAAGAUGACAAAGAAGGAAUUUUUUUGAAUUUAUAGUGUCUUGAAUUACCAUUUAAAGUUAGAUUUUUCUUUAAAUUUUAUACACUGAUUGACUAUUUAAAAAAGAAAUCAAUUAAAUCUUCAUACGGCCAGCCAUUCUUAAUUGAAAAAAUUUGA